ACAUGACCACGCACCCACGUCCUCAACUCUCCCCAAACUACCCGAUCGCUCCUCCCACCAUCUCUCCCGAGAAAAAUCCCCCAUCGUCAUCGCGCCAGCACCACCAGCAGCCCGCGCGCCGCCCCCGUCUACUACUUUCCGCAAGCCCACGCCGAGCAGGCCACGGCCGCCGUCGACCUGUCCGCCGUGCUUCCCUACAGCAUCUUCGCCGUGCGCUUCAUGGCCGACGCGCACAGCAACGAGGUCUUCGCCAAGAUCUGCCUCGUCCCGAUCCGCCACGGCGAUCCCACGGUCGACGUGGGCGCCGUCGCCGCCAAAGGGAGGGCGAACCGCUCCUCUCGCACAGCCGCUCGCCGCCGCACACGGACCCGCGCCGCUCGGCACUGCCGCCGCCCCCGCGCCCUCUCCCUUCCCGCCGGCCCUCCUCGCCACCGCGCCCUCUCCCUCCCCGUCGGCCCUCCGCGAGUGGGCCGCCCCCGCCGCCCCCUGCGCUGCCCAACCCCGCCGAUCUGAUCUGGCACACGUACCAUACUACCGACCGGCCGAGUAACAUCUUCUUGACUCUGCACAGCCUAGAUGUUCAAGCACUCAAUCACAUAAGGUAAACACAUGCUUCUCCUUUUGCGGAUAGAUAGAGGCUCUUGAGCAGUCAGUACAUCUUGGCCAUCAUGUACUAACACGACAAGACAGGAAUAUACAUGCACAUUAAUUGCCAUUCUCCAAUUCAAGGGAAUAUCCAUAAUACAUGCCAUGUUUAUACAGCUACCAACUGUUGAAUGGUUUCUAAUUUUCUUUGUAAUCAAUCUUUGGAGCCAAUUGGACAAAAUUUCUCUGAAGAUUAUAUUCGGGAUUGUGGCUUUCAGCCGACCUCUAUAAGGUAAGAUGUUUUGCAGGAUCACAAGUAAGAAUUAUUUUUAAUUUUGAUGAUUACACUGAGACAAAUACUGUAGGGCUUAAGUCGAGAUUCAUGGUAAGAGAUUGGCAUUUUUUUUAUCAGGAGUGUAUUGCUAUGCACCGAAGUGUGACACAAAAGGUGUGUUAUUAUUUCCACAUCUCCAUUUGUCAAAAACUAAUGGACAAAUACGCUCCAAUUUUUACUACGUGCAGGACUAACAUGUAGCAGUGGGAAUAAUUCGUGCUAACUAUAUGUGUAUGUAAUUCAUAUCUCACUUCUAUCCUCUCAUUGGCUCGUUGUUCACAAAGCUCGGAAGGACCCAUUAACUGCCAUGUACAAUAAUUACCACCCAACAUUUGUAAAAGGCAUUGGUAUUUUUGUCCGUCUUUUUCCUGACUUUCUACCUGUUGUUUUUGCAGUCUUCUGAUGAAGGAGAUAAAUUGGGAGAUAGCAAUGCGUUAUGUUAUAAUUAUCUGCCCUUACUUGUGAAGAAUCGCCAUGCUAUAAUGAUUAUGAAUGUGACAGAAGCUGCAAGAUGUAAUGUCUGCCCGAUUGGUAAUUUGGUGUGUUUUGUUCUCAUCCUAUUGUAUUGUGUUUUAUCCCUCAGCAAAGCAUCUUGAAUGUGGCUAUUAGUUUUUUUUAUCAUCCUUUUCAAAAUAGUACUGUUGAAAUGUCUAUGCAAACUUUGUUGCACUACUAAAUCAUUAGACAUACAGUUAAAAUAUCACUGUAACAAUUCUCAUCGAACAAAAUGAUGAACCAUUUUUAAAUAAAACUAUAAUGUGAAACCCUUAGCAUGUACUAAAAGUAUCUUAAGUGAAACAAUAGUGGAAGUGGAGACUGGAUAGGAUGACGGCAACAUCACCUCAUGUUUAGCAACAACAAUCAGGUACAUCACAAUUGUCGGCAUCAUGUGGCUCUCCCACACCAACACACUUCAGGUUUGAUGAUUGGUGAUAUAUACCAUGCAGUGGUUUAUGCUCUUACAACUUGUUAUCAAUUCACUUUCCCUUGUUCGAUAAUUUCUGGAUUAGUCACUGAAUCUUGUUUGUUUUGUUCUUUGGUUAUGUGAUUAGAUGAGGGCGAGUGCCACGGUCAUCUCUGCUCGGGUUAUGCACGACAACAUUGAUGAUUCGCUCGUUGAAUACGAUUGCAUCUUCCACAUGUUCGGUGCUGGAGUGGCUGAUCUCAUGGAAGAGUUACGUGUUCCUCUUCUCAUGGAUUUUGACCAUUGUUUUAAAGUGAUUCGGAUAAUGAGUUUGGUAAUUAGUACAUUCAUAAUCUUUGGCAUCCUCAAGCUGUUGGCUGGAUGUACUGCAAUUAAUGUGAACUGAAUUAUGAUGGUGCGCAUCAUGCCACUCUAUAUUUAUAAGGCAAAUGAUCAUGGAACUACACCUUGGCGAACAAGCUCGCCGAGGUCUUAGAAUUCCAACCUAGGUAAACAAGUGAACUCAUUUUAACAAUUUUCCACUUUUUUGGUGAUGCGGGUAUAGCUCAUUCAUUAAUGACUACUCAACACUGCCUUUUUUCUCUUUGGUGAUUGGUUUAUAUGCUACUUUGUGUUAAAGGGUCUGUUCAUGCCAAAUUUAAUAAAUCUUGUCUUGUUUUCAUAGAUUGCCUAUUUGAUUACUGUGUGUGGAAUGGUAAACGUUUGUAGCAAGGUCAGGGUUUGAUUAUUUUUAUCAGUGCACAUACCUUCAAUAAAUAAACUAAUGAGGCUAUCUUGAUCUCUUUCUACUUAUAUAUGUAUACAUAUGGGAUGCUCUAUUAGUUCUCUUGUGCAAAUAAUCAUUUUUGUGUUGAUAGCCGGCGUUCACCGGUCUUUUUUGUCCAUCGUCCCACCACUGCUUGGUUUUUUUCGUCUUCCACCUUCGUUCGGUUUUUUAAUACUCUUAAAGGAGCAGUCCGUACGUCGUUUCGUUCGUUCGCUACUCGUCCCAUCGACUGAAGGUCCUUCACCCCACCGAUUUUCGCAAAAAAAAAACACCUCCCGUUCUGGUUUUUUCUCACAGGCUUUUUUGUCUCUCGGUUUCCAAAUAGGGCGCAGCACAUGCCCCAGCGGCCCAGCCUCCUCGCUCUCUUUUGCUCAAACCGGACGCAUCACAAUUACUAGGAUGUGCAACCAACGAAAAAAGAUUUGUAUUUCAUACGAACAAGAGAAUUACAGAUUAAACGAGCAUGUUCACGUAUGUGCAUUAGAUUUUUCUGAUUCUAUUGAAUUUUUUUUUGUUGCAGGCGUGGCAAGGAAACCAACUUCAGCUUUAGAUUUGUGCAGGCUGGAAUGUUCUUACUUUAGAUUUGUGCUGAGAAGUUACACGGAUUUUGUUUUCAAGAAAUUGGAAUUAUUAGGCCAGAAUGUGAUCUCACAAACAUACAUCAUCCUCCCAGAAACACACACAUGACGCACCCACUUCCUUUUGGAUUGGUUACUGCUGGCUAGAUGGUCUCAUUAAUAGGAAAAUAUCUAGAGAAUAAGUUGUACUUUACUUCAUGUUGCGUGUACAUGCAUACAUCAAAUGUUGCUUCACUUUUGAGCUAGCUACCUCUGUUUUCUGUUGUUUCUUCUCCGUAACUUGGGAUUUCUUUUCUGUAAUUUGGGAAAAAUAAGUGUCACAAUGAAAGUCUAUUUUCAUACAUUUUCAGUGGUGUCGCUCCUCCCCCAAUUUAACUUGAUUCGGCAGUGUUUCACUUAUUGCAGUUCACAUGAUUAU